AUGUCAGAUGACGGGCCGCGAUUCCUGUCACGUGGCCACUCUUUCAGGACUGUUGUGGGUGACACACUGCUACUGCCAUGCCAGGUCCAGAACUUGGGUUCCUUGGUGUUGCUGUGGAGGCGAGGACCUGCUGUUCUCACCGCCGCCAGUCUGAUGGUGACCAGAGAUGAGAGGUUCAGACUUGUCGAUGGUUACAACUUGCAGAUAACUGAUGUUGGGCCUCAGGACGCAGGCGAUUACGUGUGCCAGAUCUCGGACCGGAUAUCCAGAGACCAAGUGCAUACAGUUGAAGUGCUGGUGCCGCCGAGUGUACGCGCCUCGCCGGAAUCUCGCCACGCGGCUGCGAGGCGCGGGGGCGCUGCUGUGCUAGAGUGUAGAGCUUCGGGAAAUCCCGUGCCCAGUGUUACAUGGCAUAAAAUGAUCGACAGCUACAACACGCAUUUGAACGAAUCCAAUCUCCGUCUGGCAGACGGUCCCCAAUUACAGUUGUCGCGUCUUGAGCGCGCGCACAGCGGCCGCUACGCUUGCACUGUCGAUAAUGGUGUCGGACCCCCCAUGGUUACUGAGUUCCAGCUGCAAGUACUAUACCCUCCAGAAAUAACAGUGGAACGAUCUUGGGUCCACACAGGGGAAGGGUUCAGAGCUGAGCUGCUUUGUACCGUUCUUGCUGAUCCUCCCGCUGAGGUUUCGUGGUACCAAAACUCAUUCCCAUUGAGUGCGUCGGAGCGGGUCACUAUGUCAGCGCGAGGGAACAACCACACCUUGCUUAUAGCUAACGUGCAACCUGAAGAUUUUGGUAACUAUAGUUGCGUGGCAGACAACAGUCUAGGUCGAGCGCGUCAGCACGUGGAGGUGUCUGGAAGGCCGGGCCCCGCUCGCUUCACAUCACCGCCAGUCGCGCGACGCCCUGACGCCUACACACUCGCCUUCGCUGUAGACAGUUAUCCCCCACUUGAUGAACUGAGACUGCUGUACAGACAGUUAGCGUUCAACGAGUCGUACCAGCAGCCGGGGCGUUGGCACGACGUUGUGAUCCCCGCGCCUCAGCCGGCGGGCGCGUUGACACACCGCGUGGCGCAUGAACUACGAGGUCUACAACCCGGAGCUGUGUAUGAGGCUAUUGUUCAGGCUAAGAACAGAUAUGGAUGGAACGAGGUCAGCGAUAUCUUUCAGUUCCACACCCUGGGUGGUGAACACACAGCGCAUGCGGGGGAACUGACACCUAUGUUCUCUGGUCAAAUAAAAACCUGUUAUAAUAUUUAUACAGUGGUCAGUCUGACCUACCUUACUCUAUGGAACCUCGUCCAUACCGGUUAACCGGUUUUAUAUUACUUAGAGAAUUGAAAUGACUUUUUUAUCGGUUUUAUAACAUUUUUACACAAUAUGACAGGUCAGUUACUAUGGCUAUUAAAUAAAAAGAAAAAAAUAUGGAUAAAAUCGACAAUCGUACAAAUUCCGGUUUUUGUACAACACUAGUCAUAAUUGAUUGA